UAGGAGUCGAGUGGCUAGCUGACAAGUUGCGUCGGGGUGGAAAUGGGCAGGGAACAGGAGCUUGUACGCAUUCGAGCCGAGAAGUGUUGAUUUCACGAAAGGGGUCAGGUUCCGUGUCUACGUGAUUUUUCCUGUGUUAUUACUUUCAAUAAUAUAAUGUAAAUUUCGAUUUUAAUGUCACACAUCCCAGUGUCUUAAGAUUAUUUAUAUGGAGAUCGUGGAGCGCUAGAAGAUGCUGGUAAGGAAACAGGCGGGAGCAAAGUUGACGUAGAAACAAGUGCGCAAAGAUUGUAUAGUCAUUUACUUCGGACGAAUGUCUCACCUAAAGUACCUUCGAGGUUACAACUAUUACCUGAUGUCUGAGAAAUCGACAGGCUGUCACGAACGUAGUGGACUCCGUUUUGAAAACGUGGUUAAGAUAUCAAAGGAGACGAUCCACCGUACCUAUCAGUGGGUACGGAGGUUAGUGCUAAAUACAAGGGUGCCUUCUGUGAAGCAAAAAUUCGAAAAGUAGUAAGAUCAGUAAAAUGCAGAGUGACUUAUAAACAAGGUUUGGGUACAGCAACAGUAGCUGAUGAUCAGAUAAAAGGAACUUUAAGAGUAGGUGCAGCUGUUGAAGCUAAACAUGGAGAUAGAAAAGAAUAUGUGGAAGCUACUAUUACUAAAAUCCAAGACUGCAGUCAAUAUACUGUAGUUUUUGAUGAUGGAGAUAUUACAACAUUAAGAAGAACUGCACUUUGUCUAAAAAGUGGACGACAUUUUGCAGAAAGCGAAACUUUGGACCAACUUCCUUUGACACAUCCAGAGCAUUUUGGCAAUCCAGUAAUUGGAGGUAGAAGAGGGCGGCGCUCUAGACAAGCACAAGAUGAAAGUAGUGAUGAUGAAGAUAGCCCUCCACGAGGAACUCGUGAUUCAGGUUCUAGUGGCACUGGAAAAGAAGGAAUGGAGACAGAACCUGAAAUUGGACGAGUUGUAUGUGUGGAACUUGGGGACAAAAAAAAGAAAGAUAAUUGGUUUCCUGGAUUAGUAGUUGCACCUACUGCUCAAGAUACAGUGAGAAUUAGAGUAAGAGAUGACUAUCUUGUGCGCUCAUUUAAGGAUGCACGAUAUUAUACAGUUCCGAAGAAAGAAGCCACUGAAUUUACAAAAGAACUUGUCAACAAAGUUGAAAAUAGCACAUUGAAGGUUGCAGUAGAAAAGGCAUUGCUAUUUUUAGAAAAGAAUGAGUUACCUCCUCAUUGGGAUAGAGAUUCUCUUUUUGGGCAUUCUGUAUCAAGUGGAAAUAGUGAUUCAGAUGGAGAACUUGAUUCUGAUAGUUCUGAUGAUGAACCACGUGAAGAAAAAGAUCAUUUUGUAGCACAAUUAUAUAAAUUUAUGGAUGAUCGAGGAACACCUAUUAACAAUUGCCCAAUGAUUGGUUCUGAAGAUAUAGAUUUAUAUAGAUUAUUUCGUGCCGUUUAUAAAUUAGGAGGUUACAAUCGUGUAACAAAUCAAAAUCAAUGGAAAUUGAUAACACGUCGCCUGAGUUUUACAAUGCAAAAUUCACCAUCUACGCACAAUUUGGUUAAACAGGCCUAUAAAAAAUUCUUACACUCUUUUGAAGAUUUUUAUAGAAAAUUAGGUUGUACUAUGGUAAAUCAUCCAAGAGGUACUAUGCGUAAACAACGUCCUGGAAGAAGUUUGAUUAGAGAUAAGGACAGAAAUACACCUGUACCUCCUCAAGUAUCAGUUGCUAAAAAUGAAAAAGAAGAAGAAGAUAAAAAAAUUAUGGAAGAGGAAAAAAAGGAAAAGAAAGAAGCUAAGAAAGAAUCGAUAAAGGAAGAAGAAAUUGUUAAAAUAAAAAAGAAGGAUGAAUUUGAGGAAAGUGGUAGUGGACAAGAAAGUGAUGUAAAUAUUGAGGGUGAAGCUGAAUCGUCCUCCAGUGAAAAAUCUCAAAAAAUUUCAACAUCAUUAUCAUUGCCAAAUAGAGGUAAAUCUAAAAAUAAAGAAGACUCAAAGAAAAAAGUAAUAGAAAAAAAGAAAAAUGAAUUUAAAAGACAAGAAAAAAAAGAUGAUAAAAUAAAAGAAGAAGAUGCUACUAAAACAAGAUCAAAAUCUAAGGACGAUAAUGUAAAAGGUAAAACGCCUUCUGAAAAUAGAGAAACACGAACUCCAUCAAGAGAAUCAGAAAGAAAAACUUUAUCUAAACAAAGACGAUUAAUAGAUGAAGAUUUAAAAAGACGAGGAAGAAAACGAAAAGAAUAUGAAAUAGAAAAAUCACGUACAGAUGAACAGUUAACGGAUUCAGCUCCUUGUUAUAAAGGGCCUGUAGAAUUAGGAGAUAGAUUGAAAGUUUAUUAUGGACCUACUCAUGAAUCUAAAGUUACUUAUGAAGCAAAGAUUAUUGACAUGGAGAAAGAUGGUACAGAACCAAUGUAUUUAGUACAUUAUACUGGAUGGAAUACAAGAUAUGAUGAAUGGAUUAAACCAUCAAGAAUAGCACAGAAUUUUACACAAGCUCAAGGAAGAGUAAAACGAAUUAAAGCUACUUCAAGACCUCAAACUCCUAGUACGAAUUUAUCAAAUAAUAUAAAUAAAUCAUCAAAAAUGAUUUCUAAUGCUAAUUCAAAUACAUCUCAAAAUCGACGUCGAGCACAAAGUGUUGCACCUACAUCAAUUAUUUCAUCUUCAACAAAAGAAGUCAAAAGAGAAGAUAAAGAUAAAGAAAUAUCUCAACCAGUUAGAUCUACAACUCCAUUGUCUAUUAUAAGUUCUAGCUCUAGAACUAAAAGUCCAGCAACACCAGCGAAUAAUCGUCAAACACGAACAAGAAAUAAUGAUAUAUCCAAUAUAGAACAUCGAAGACGAACUAGAAGAACUUCUGGACAUGCAGAUAUAGUUCCAUCGGAAACUGAAGAAAGUGAAACAUAUGAUUCAGAUACUACAGAAUCUGAACAAACAAGAACUAAAUCUAAGAUUACAGAAGAAAGAAAACGUAGAGAAGCAAGAUAUAGAGUAGAAGAUAGAAUAAAACCUGAGGAAACUAGCGAGGGUGAAGAAGAUAAAGAUAAUUUAGAAGAACCGCGUAGAGGUAGACGUUUAAGAAGAACAAUUAGUAAAUCGCAAGGUAUAAAAUCUGAACCAGAUAGUGACGAAGAACAGCCGAAAGGUCGAGAUUUUGAUUUAAAUCAAAUACGAUCUGAAUUAAAAGGUUUUGAUAAAGCAGUGAAAUUAGAACUUGUUAGAGUUGAACCAGAUCCAGAAGAUGAAAUAAAAAUAGAAGAAAAAGAGAAUGUUGUUUUAGUUUCACCAAAAUCGGAAAAAAAUUUAGAAUCAUCAAAAUUAGAAACAAUGUCUGAAUCUAAAAUAAUAGAUAAUACAGAAGAUAUAUAUGAAUUUAAAGAACCAGAACCAUUUGAAUUUGAAGUACGAAAUAAACGAGAUACGAGUGGAGAAAAAGAUAAAAUAAAAAAGAGAGUAUUUGAAGAUGAGCCAAAAAGUCCUAAGAAAAAACAAAAAAUAGUAUCACCAGUUAUAAAAGAAGCUAAAUCAGAAAUAGAUAUUGAUUCACGAAAAAAAGUGAAAAAAUUGUUUAGUAAAAGAGUUGAUGAUAUUACAGAUAAUUUAACUUCUCAUAAAUUACAAUCCACAUCAUUAACAACAUGUGAAGAAGCAUUUGAUAAACUUUGUGAGUCACCAUCAUUUAAUCAAGUAAAACCUAUACCUAUCAUUGAGGAAACAAAUAAAAUAAGUAAUGGUAUAGAUCUUUUAUUUAGUGAUUUACCUGGAGAUGAUGAUGCUACCCAUGAUGAUUCAGAAGAUCGUUUAAUAAUAUCAGAAGCAGAAAUUUCAGAAGCAGAACAAGAAAACUUAUUUACAUAUCAACAAGAAAUGUUCUCUUCUAAUGAUGCAAAUGAUUCAAUGGAAUUAAAUAAAGAAGAUUCAAAUUUACAAAUUGAAUCAGUAAGAGAAGAUACAACAUUAACAAUUUCAAAUAAAUCUGAUAUUCUUGUUGAAGCAAAGGAAAUGAUUAAAUCUCCAUUACAUAGUCAAUCUCCAGAAUUAAAAUCAUUGGAAUCAAAAUUAUUAGAUAUAACACCUGUUUCAUCUCCAAUUGUAACAAUUCCAGCACCAAUUAGUGCAAGAUUACCAGCUACAUCUACAAUAGAAGAAAAACUUUCAGCUGCAAUGGCUUUUCGUAAUAAAACUAAAGAUAUCAAAAAAGAAGAAGAAAUUACGGAAGUUGUAUGGAAAUCUUCAAAAGAAAUUUGUAAAAAGUUAGAUAUUGCAAUUAUACAAAAAAAUAAAGAAGAUCAACAUGGAUCUAAAAUUGAAAGUGAAAAUAAAAAACAAGAAGAUGAAGAUAUUAUAAUUAAUAAUGAAAAUCAAUGUAAAGAAAUAAUGUGUGUGGUAAUUAAACAAGAAGAGGAGGAACUUCAACAAUUUAAACUAAAAAAAGAAAUAGAAAUAAAAAAAUUUGUUGAAACUAAAAUAGAACAUAAAAAAAUACAAGAAGAAGAAGAAUGGAAAUGUAUAGAAAAUGAUAAAUCUAAAAAAAUAGAAGAUGAAUUUAAAGAGCAUGAUUUUAACAAAGAAAAAGAAAAAGAAAAGCAUAAGAAAAUAAUUAAUCAAGAUGUGGUAGAUUCUGCAGAUAGUAGUGAUUCUGAACAGAGACUAAUAAUUGAUAAUGAGGAAUCACAAGAUGUAAAAACUUCAUCAAAUUUUGAUAUUAAAUUAAGAGCAGAAUUAGAUAGACUUCAAGAUACACAAGAAAGAUAUUCACAAUUACAAACACAAAAACCUAUGCAAUCAUUGAAACAUCAACAACAAGAAUGUGAAUUUAAAAGUGAAAUUAAAGAAAUAUCUAUUACAAAAACAGAUGAAGAAGGAGAGACAAUUAAUUCUUUGCUUUGUGAAGAAGAAAUACCAGGUUCACCAGCACCUAUUACUGAAAAUAUAGAACAAAUAAAUGCUGGUCCAUCUUGUUCACCUCCAAAAGUUGAAACUACAGAAAGUAAUAUAGUACUAAUGGAAAUGCCAUUUGCAAGUGCACCUACAUCUGGUCAAAGUACAACCAGCAGUACUGUUGCUACUCUUAGUAUGGCAUUGCCAAAAACUGUAGAAACAUCUGUUCCAGUUUCUUUAUCUAUACAACAAAAUCCUACUCUUGGUGUGAGGCAACAAUCUCAUCAUCAACAUUUACCUGCACUAAUGUCUGCACAGAGAAGAGAAAGCAAUGAAGCAGCGCCUGUAAUGGAUAAUACUCCUCCAACUACACCUGAUUCAAGUAUUUCCAAUAUUUCUGGAUCUCCAAGAGAAGAAAGAACAGGUGGUUCAUCACCAACUUCGGAGGAUAAUAUGAAACAUAAUCGUGAUAGUUCUGAAGCAGAUAAUGAGAGUGGUGGUAAAGGUCCAGGAUUUAGUGAAGAUGAUACAUUGCCAAAUGUUGAAGGAAAUUCUGCAGAUAGGAUAUUAAAACCACCAGCAAAACGUUCUAUUGAAGAAACACAAUCUCCUAAAAAACGUAAAAGAAGUAGAAAACAUUCAGAAUGUGAUAAAAACACUACUAAAAAAACAGGAAGACAUAGUAAUAGACAUGGUAGACAUGGUGGUGGAAGUGAUAGCGAUGAUACGAGUGAAGGUUCUAAUUUAUGCGGAGUUAAUUCAACUUCAACAAAUCAUACGAAUAUAAGUAGUGUUCCCGAUCUGAGUAAUUAUUCAUCGAGAUCACCUCGACCUACAAAAUAUAAUUUUUAUGUGGAAUUAGAUCCUGAAUUGGAUGGUAGUCAAAGGAUAGCUGUAUUGCAGCAAAAAUUAGCUGAAUUACGUAAAACAUAUAAUGCUGUGAAAGUUGAACUUGCCGCUAUUGAAAGACGCAGAAAAAAGUUAAGAAGGAGAGAACGAGAAGCCAUAAAGGCAGCUAAAGCAGAAAUGCAACAGGCUUGUUCGUGAUGAGCUGCCUUCAAAUAUCCUAAUUUAUUUAAUCUGCGUUAAAGAAACUUUUAUACAACACUGAUAAAUAUAAUAGAAUAGAAUCACUAUAUGGACACCCUGCAAUUACAGCAGAUUUCAUGACAAUUUUUAUCUACCUAAUAUUAUUUAGGUAAUUUUUUCUCUAUUAAUAUAAAUUGUAGAUAUAGAUAUAAGAUUUAGUAAAGAAGGAACACUUACCAGAAUGAAAAAAUAUAUUCAUAUGUGCUUUGUGUUGUACAUUGUUUUGUCAAGA